AUGGGCAAUCUUCCCAUUGUACUCUCGACAAUCAACGGAUUUUCCUCUGUUGCGGGGACGGUAGGUAACCUUCUGGUGUGCUUUGUGAUAUACCGGAACGAAGAACUUCAAACAGGAGUAAAUUUUUUUAUACUUAGCCUCAGCGUGGCGGAUCUAACUGUGUGCUCUGUUGCCCAGCCUCUAUACAUCUAUUAUUUGAACCAAGAGUGGAGUCCCGAGAGGUUUAGAAAUUUCAAAAUCGUCUCGUACGUUGCUCUACACGCUUCGUUUCUUAAUCUUCUGUCGCUGACAAUUAAUCGAUUGUUUGCGGUUUGGCUCUCUUUGGAGUACGCUACUGUUAUGCGAGGUAAAAACAUCGCCCGAAUUGUGUGCUUUGGAUGGGUCUUGUCCGUUGUCAUGGCGAUCGUUUUUUCCACCACAUCCCUUAAAAAGCCGGCGCCGUAUUUCCACCUGGCGAUGCUCCUAAUGUUUCUCUUAAUGUACACAAAGAUUUUCACUAUCGCCAGAAAGCAACGUCGACAGAUCGCUUCUCAGUUCCAAGCAGUUUCGCACAACUACAGGGUCAAGAAGUUCACCCACGAUCACUUGCCGACGAGAACAUUGGCAAUUCUCAUCAGUGUUUCAGUUGUCCUGUUCAUGCCUGAUUUAGUAUUUCAACUCAAAGGAAGCAGCGACUACACAAGAUUUCGUUGGUCUUUCACGACUAUGUUUUUAAGCUCGUUUUUUAACCCUUGUGUUUAUGUUUGGAGAUGUGAAAAGUUUCGACUAGCGUUGUACAAGACAUUUGGUUUCUCUCGAAGUGGAUCAGACAAAAAUUUUUCUUGGAUCAAAGGCAUGAGUGAUCGAAAGAAAGCAUUUGGGGUUGAAAAUUCUCGUGUUGGUAUAGUUACAGACAGUAGCGUCAGGGUUAUAAAUAUAGAA